AUGGGCCUCUGUUUCUGCAACCGGCACUCCUUGGGCCUCUCGGCCGAUGCCGAGCAGCGCCAUCCGCUGCCGCUGUCUCUGUCCUCCCUGCCGGCUGCGCCGCGGCCCGCCAAGCUGGCCCGGCCGGUCCUUUCUGAGAUAACCUUUCCUGUCCCACCGAGCACCCCUCCACCACCUCGUACGUCGUCCCGUCUGCAUGCUGCGCUCUCGCCGCGUCGGGGGACCGGCCGCUGCCCCAUCCCCAAGAUUCCAGACUUUGAAGGCCUCGCCGACAGCGAAACCGACAGCGAUGACGAGCUUUUGAGCCACGCACGGAUGAGGGCCGCUGGUUUGGGUGCCACGCCCGUCCCCAGCACGCCGGUCAAGUUGGGCUCUGGAGGUGCUUCUGGCGGCGUUGGUGGCUCAGACGGCGCAGGUAUGAGCCCGCUCACUAGCCUCAUCAGCCGCAUUGGCAUCAUUGGACGGACCUCGCCCGCCCGGGCUGCCAACCAGGGCCGCACGCCCGAGUCUUCGUGCAGCACCGACGAUCUCGUCGCGGCCGCCCGCCGUGCUGAAGUCCGCCGCCUGACUCAGAAAAUGAUCCAAGAAGAGCUCCAAAACGAGCAGCAGCAGCAGCAGCAGUUCUUGUAUCUCCAACAACAGCGUCAACAGCGUCAACAGUACCAAAAGUUCCAGCAACAGUACUAUCACCAAGCACAGCCGCACCAGCCGCGCACCUACAAGAGAUCCUCCAUGUCCACCAUCAAAGAAGACCCAGCGGACAUCUCAAGUCUCGAUUUAGCCCAUCCUCGCAAUACUGUGGCAGUCAUGGACGGCAGUGGUUACCGGACGUCUCUCGAGUUCGUAUUCACGCGGAGCCGCGACGACCUGUCCGUCCCGCCCGCACUGUCCAACAAAGGCAAAGUGUCGGACACGUACCUCCUCCCGAAGCCGCCCUUGCUGCCGCCCUCCGUCUUAUCCAAGCACUUUGCAUCGCAGGCCGGCAAAGCUGGUCUGCCGGAGGGACCCGGCGAAUGUAUUCAAGUUCAUGGUGGCGGUAGUCUGGGCAGAGAAUUCGGUGACUUCAUAUCAGCCUCCUUUGCGACUGAUCCUUCGGCAAGACGCCCUCUUCCUGAAGGGGCCUUGUCUUUUGUACCGACCUCGACGCAAGACACAGUGGCCGCUGGAGUAACGACUGGAACAACUGGGAAGACUGUGGCCUCCAGCACUCAUGUGGCCGAACCAGGUCAGAAGAGCCUCCGCGUCAAGCACGUUGCAUCAAAUGGUGGUCCGGCCCAAAAGAAUAGCAAGGACAAGAUAAAGGGCCAACAAGAUGACGCCGACAUUUCUGAAACAGCACAGGCCGUGUCGGACUCUCUCAGCUCUAUGGACGAGGACGGCAGUAUACACGAAGCUCGUAAGGCCCGCAUCGUCGUGUCCGGCCGAGCUCGCAAUACUUCCAAUCAUAUCGGUAGCACGGACGACACCGUCGAAAAGGCCGAAGCGGACACCUUCACCGCCACGCAUAAAGAUUCCCCUCUUCUGACUGCCGUGGCCAGAUUCAGGAAGAGCAGACGCAAGACCUCUGAGUCGUCGUAUGUCAGUACUCUGGAUCUGCCUCCGCCGCUCGUCAACGACUUGUCCAACUCAAACAACUCGGCUCCCGCUCAAGCGGAAACAAUUGCCUCCAAUGACGGUAGUGAGGCUGACACGCAGAGCCUUCCUCGUCGUAAUGGAUUUAAACGGCUUCCGUUGCUCUCCCUGGAUCGUUUCACCUUCGGGCUCAGGAAAUCUUCCAAUUCAGCCCAGCAAGCUUCGGAGCUUUCAUGCGUUGAGCAAAUCCCGCAAUCGAAUUCGGUUGCGUCCGUCGACAAGACGGUCGCUGCCUCUGUUGCCUCGUCUGGUGCCCAGUUUGACAGUCAGCGCAAGGAGAACACCAACCAUGACGAUAAAGACUCCAUCUCCACAAAGUCACAAUACCAUUCAAUGUCGGGUGCCUCUCUCAAAAAUGGGGUCAAGGAAAAGCCUGCUUCUCAGAGCGAUCCAGUGUCCAUGAUGAAUAGAUCGUCCCGAGCCUCCGCCCAUACGACUUCAACCGACAUUGAUAGAAUGGCAGAGGAGUGGCACAGACAACUGCAAAAUCUCGACCAUAACAGUCCUCUUCACAAUGGAGCCACUGCAACCACGCAGAGAAGAAGCAUGUCAGACACCUAUCCAUUGAGCCACCAAGAGUCAGGCUUCCGGGAUCUACCGCCGCCGGCUUCUAUCAUGGGCCCUUGGAGUGACAACCAAGCUCACAACACCGGUGGAAAACCAGGCAUCCGCCGCCAAGCGUCCUCGAUUCAUGCGCAACAGUUGUCUGACUCGUGGUGGACAGAGGCGAGCUGGAAAGAGCGGCCCGAGAACAAUAAAGCAAAUGAUCCAGUGAAGACAACGGGACAAGGUGUCGUUCUUCCACCCUCCAAAGAAGAUUCUGUCACUUUGCCUCGAGAGGCCAGCCAGGCUACUGAGGUGGAUAAGGACGUCCAACCGCCGGAGCCUCAGCCAUCCUACUCCAGAGUUUUCUCAAGUGGGAUCGAGAAAGCCAUCCUCGCCGGUAUCAAGAAAGUCAUGUACCGAAAGCAAAUGUCAACGCCAUCUCUCACCACCCUCACACCUGCCGCCGCCGUUUCAAGCCGAUCCCUCGGCCCAGAACGCGCUAUCACAACUACUCAUUCCAAGGCAUCCAGCUUAAAACUUGAGAGGAGUACGCCCGAGUCUCGGGCCAUGGCUUCUACCAGAACGUCAGAGAAGAUUGCUACUUCAGCUGCAUCUGAGACGCCAGGCCGCAAGGACGAAGUUGUGAUACAAGACAUUGAUAGUAUAUUUGGUGUUUUGGUGGACAUGGAAAGCAACCAGCGAACGACGCCCACAACCCCCAUGAAACCUAAACAGGUAAAUAAUGCAGAUGGUUGCGCUGCGCUACCAGAAAGCGACAUCGCAUCCCCGGAAACAGUGCCCUCCACACCCAUUGCCAACGCAUAUGCAGAGAUGCGAGCAUAUAUUUCUGCCGUUCUCCCGAGCACGCCCGCCCCCAAAUUCAAAGAACUGGAGCUGCACAACAGCCCCUGCUCGUCGCACCAAGAGUACCAAGAGUACCAGGAGUACCAAGAGCACCAAGAGACUGCGUCCCAUCAAAGCAGCGAUGCCGUUCAUGUUGUGGCACAGGCAAACACUCAAGUCACAACUCACAAGUCAGCGGACUCCAUGUCCGUCAAGAGUGAUUCGGCUCCGGUCAAAAAAGUAGCCGAGUUCGAUACCGCAUCGGCCAAGUACAUGACGUGGAGCGGGCAUACUAAGCCGAAGACACCGUUAAUGACGAGCGCGGUUCAACCCGGUGACGACCUUAAAACCAUCUUCCAGGGCAGGAAGGAGAACAGAAAGUCAUUCCAAGGCCGCACUCUGCAACCAGCUUUGAAGCAGAACUAG